GGCCGAGCGCGGCUCCAUGUUUUCCCCCGGCCAGGAGGAACCCAGCGCCCCCAAUAAGGAGCCGGUGAAAUACGGGGAGCUGGUGGUCCUGGGGUACAAUGGUGCUUUACCUAAUGGUGACAGGGGCAGGAGGAAAAGCAGAUUUGCCCUUUAUAAGCGGACCAAGGCCAACGGUGUCAAACCCAGCACAAUCCACGUGGUCUCCACACCCCAGGCAUCCAAGGCCAUCAGCUGCAAAGGUCAGCACAGCAUAUCCUACACUCUGUCACGGAACCAGACUGUCGUGGUGGAGUACACACAUGAUAAAGAUACGGACAUGUUUCAGGUGGGCAGGUCAACAGAAAGCCCCAUCGACUUCGUGGUCACAGACACGGUUUCUGGCGGUCAGAACGACGAUGCCCAGAUCACACAGAGCACCAUCUCAAGGUUUGCCUGCAGGAUCGUGUGUGACAGGAACGAGCCAUACACAGCACGCAUAUUCGCAGCAGGAUUUGAUUCCUCCAAAAAUAUAUUUCUUGGAGAAAAGGCAGCAAAAUGGAAAAAUCCUGAUGGGCACAUGGACGGGCUCACCACCAACGGUGUCCUGGUAAUGCACCCGCAAGGAGGCUUCACUGAGGAAUCCCAGCCUGGAGUCUGGAGAGAGAUCUCUGUCUGUGGAGAUGUAUACACAUUGCGAGAGACCAGGUCCGCCCAGCAGAGGGGAAAGCUGGUGGAAACUGAGACCAAUGUCCUGCAAGACGGCUCCCUCAUUGACCUGUGUGGGGCCACUCUUCUCUGGAGAACCGCAGAUGGCCUUUUCCACGCUCCGACGCAGAAGCACAUUGAAGCCCUCCGGCAGGAGAUCAAUGCAGCCCGACCCCAGUGUCCCGUGGGCCUCAACACCCUGGCCUUCCCCAGCAUCAACCGGAAGGAAGUAGUGGAAGAGAAGCAGCCGUGGGCAUACCUGAGCUGCGGCCAUGUGCACGGCUACCACAGCUGGGGCCAUCGGAGCGACACAGAAGCCAAUGAGAGGGAGUGUCCCAUGUGCAGGACUGUGGGCCCCUACGUCCCUCUCUGGCUGGGCUGUGAGGCAGGAUUUUAUGUCGAUGCGGGACCCCCAACCCACGCCUUCACCCCCUGCGGCCACGUCUGUUCAGAGAAGUCUGCCAAGUACUGGUCGCAGAUUCCACUGCCCCAUGGAACCCACGCGUUUCACGCUGCCUGUCCGUUCUGCGCCACGCAGCUGGUUGGUGAACAGAACUGCAUCAAAUUGAUUUUCCAAGGUCCAGUGGACUGACACCCUGGACAGCCAUCUACACGUCAUUAACAAGUUACUGUGAAGAUUUUGCCACUAACUGUAGAUUCUACCUUUUUGUAAUGCUCUUUGUUAAGGGGACGGAGGACUGGGUUGGGAAGACAG